AGCUACUAUUCUGCAGUUCUACUUUUGGACUGCCUAUCCUCUCCAUCCAUGCUACCUGUUGCUGUCAAAUCCAAAGUCAGUAUGGGUUUCUCACUGGGAUGUGCAUGAGAUGAAACGCCUCAUGGGACGGGCUGGUGACGAUGAUUACCGAUUGGGGAAACAUCGGAACCGUGGGGUAGAUCCGCACUAAGUAAAUAUGGAAGCUGGCAUCGCCGAAAGGACGAGGCGCGUCGCAUUUGUUUGUCUCGCUCAAAUCCCGGGGCUGUCAUCACACCACUCAGUGGUCAUUCCUUCAAUUUUUAGUUAUAAAUGGUGUGGGGACAACGCUACAAAUGGCACUCCAACGCAGCAUCCGAAACUCCGCGGUAUCGGUGGAUCGGCCCUGUGGCGGGGUUGAAUAUAACACGCCGAAACUAAGGCCGGAGAAGUUCCAGCUCGUGGGGGAAUAAAUAUCGUACUUCAAUGGCCCUUUCUCCUUCUUAAAAUACAUAAAUCAAUCCUACGGGCAAUAAUUACUAUACAGAAUGGCUCAAGAAAACACAGAACCACCGACGCCACCGUCGCCGAUUGAAACCCUCGACAUUGAGGCGGUACUCGCGAAGCUUAGUACAAGUGAGAAAGUUGAUCUCUUGGCUGGAAUUGAUUUUUGGCACACAAAGGCAAUUCCAAAGCAUGGAAUCCCCUCACUUCGGUUUACUGACGGGCCCAACGGCGUCAGAGGAACUCGAUUCUUCAACGGCGUGCCAGCAGCCUGUCUCCCAUGUGGUACCGCGCUUGGUGCAACAUGGAAUGUCCCACUGCUCCAGGAGGCAGGUACUCUGAUGGGCAAGGAAACCAUUGCGAAAGGCGCGCACGUGAUUUUAGGACCUACAGUGAAUAUGCAGAGAAGCCCACUUGGAGGAAGGGGAUUUGAGUCAUUCUCAGAGGACCCCGUGCUCGCAGGAAGCUCUGCUGCCGCCAUAGUUAACGGAAUCCAAGAGACCGGUGUCGUUGCUUCAAUCAAGCAUUUUAUCGCCAACGACCAGGAGCACCAGAGGAUGGCGGUUGACUCAAUAAUUACUGAGAGAGCACUGAGAGAGAUAUAUUUGCUUCCCUUCCAGAUUGCUGUUAGAGAUUCAAAGCCUGGUUCGUUUAUGAGUUCAUACAACAAGCUCGGCGGGACACAUGUUAGUGAGAAUCCUCGCAUCCUGGAUGAUAUUCUGAGGAAGGAAUGGGGAUGGGAGGGACUAAUCAUGAGCGACUGGUACGGGACAUACUCAACAAGCGAGGCGAUGAACGCAGGUUUAGAUUUGGAAAUGCCUGGUCCGUCGAGAUGGCGAGGACAGUUGGUGAAUCAUGCUCUUAUGGCCAAUAAGAUCUCAAAGCAAACUCUGGAUGCGAGAGUCCGCGAAGUUCUACGGCUCGUGAGCCGAGUUGCAAAAACCGGAGUCCCUGGGAAUGCCCCAGAGGGAUCGAGAGAUACCCCAGAGACAUCAGCACUCCUAAGGAAAAUUGGCGGGGAAAGCAUUGUUUUACUCAAGAAUGACAACAAGGCACUCCCAUUGGAUAAGUCUAAGACAGUCGCCGUUAUUGGUCCAAAUGCGAAGAUAGCAGCUUACUGUGGUGGUGGCUCAGCUACGCUACUCCCAUACUACGCUACAACGCCGUUCGAUGGGAUUGCGGCAAAGGCAAGUGAAACAAAAUACUCGGUGGGGUGCUACUCUCACGUCCUCCUCCCACUGCUUGGUCAGAAUCUGAAAACAGCGGAUGGAAAAGUUGGUGUCACAUUUAAAGCCUUUACCGACCCCGUUGAAGUCAGUGACCGAGAGCCGGUCGAUGUCAUCCACCUUGCUGAUACUUACAUGUAUCUCGUCGAUUAUUACCACCCGAAACUCACGGAAGAUCUCUACUGGACAGAGGUUGAAGGCUUCUUCACUCCAGAUGAGGACGGAGACUUUGAAUUUGGCCUGACAGUCCACGGAACCGGCAAACUUUUCUUGGACGACGAACUUCUGAUUGAUAAUGAAACGGUGCAGCGAAGCGGUGGAAGCUUCUUUAAUGUCGGUACAGUAGAAGAAGUGGGCGUGAAGAACCUCAAGGCUGGGCAGACUUAUAAAAUCAAAGUCGAAUACGCCAGUGGCGUCACCUCCAAGCUCUCAGAUUCUGACGGCGUUGUAUCGUUUGGAGGCGGUGGGAUAAGAAUCGGUGGCGCCAAAGUGAUUGACCCAACAGAGGAGAUUGAGAAGGCAGUAGCGUUAGCCAAGAGCGUCGAUCAAGUCGUGAUCUGCGCUGGCCUUAACAAGGACUGGGAGCAAGAGGGACAUGAUCGGGAGCACAUGGAUCUUCCCGGCCGCACGAAUGACCUGAUUUCUGCGGUUGCAGAUGCCAACCCUAACACAGUCGUCGUUAUCCAGUCUGGAUGCCCAGUCCGGAUGCCGUGGGCCGACAAAGUCUCGAGUUUGGCGCAAGCGUGGUAUGGUGGCAACGAGACUGGCAACGCCAUCGCUGAUGUGCUGUUCGGAGAUGUUAACCCAUCAGGAAAGCUGCCGCUGUCGUUCCCCGUUAGAAACGAAGAUAACCCCGCCUUCCUCAACUACCGAUCAUCGCAUGGCCGCGUCCUGUACGGCGAGGAUAUCUACGUAGGAUACCGCUUCUACGAAGCAACCCUGAAGGCCACACAGUUCCCAUUCGGACACGGUCUCUCGUACACCACCUUCCGCCUCUCCGAACUUGCGGUUACCAACGACGGGACAAACUUAACUGUGCAAGUGCUCGUUGAGAAUACUGGUGACAGAGAUGGGUCAGAGGUCGUGCAGGUGUACAUCGCGCAGCGUGCUCCUUGUGUCAAGAGACCCCUGAAGGAACUCAAGGGAUUCACAAAGGAGAAUAUUGCGGCUGGACAGUCGAAGGUCGUCACAGUCACUAUCGAGACGAAGUAUGCUACUAGCUACUGGGACGAGGAGAGGGAUACAUGGGUCUCGGAGAAGGAUACGUACGAUGUUUUGGUGGGGACGACUAGUGCAGAGACGCCGCUGAAGGCAAGCUUUGAGAUUGAAGAGUCGAAAUGGUGGCGGGGACUAUAGAGGUAGAGUAAGGGGCAUAUAGGUAGCUUUACGAACCAUAGGAUUCAAUUUAACGUAUUCAUGACA